AUGGUCUUGGCGCCGGACUUCGUGGCCAAUCUCAAGGACAGGUUGGCUGCCUACUUGAGGGAGAAGGCUGAGUGGGCUCUGCCGAUUGCCACGCCCGAGUUUCCGGAGCCGCCUGAGGGCGACUGUGCCUUCUGCCAUUGCGAGUACCGCAAGACGCCCAACCCGAUGCAGAAUCGGAAAAAUCCGUUCUUGGAGGUCGGCCGCAAGGGUGCGCUCGGGUGCCUGGUGUGCCGCAACAUGCAGAAUUGGGCUAUGCAAGGCGUCGACCGCGACCGCAUGGUGAAUGGGUGCAAGUUCGUGAAUGGCGAGCCUCAGGAGCCUGAGUUCUACGAGAAGUACAUGUUGCUCUGGUUUCUGUGGCUGGACAGGCACCGCAACCCGAAGCUGGCAAUCGUGAAGCUCUCCGCGGACAUACCAGGUGGCUUCAAGACAGAGGUCGUCAUGAAGGACUCCCAUUCGCUGGACGCGGAGGAGAACCUGGGCAUCUUCUGGCCCGAGUGGGUGUACCUGAGGGAGAAGGGCACCAAGCCCGACAAGAAGGCCAUCGUGACCAAGACGAUCAACAACAAGAAGAUGAGGGGCGUGAUCCUGGGCAAGGAACAUGGCAGGCCCCUCAAUACCUGGAAGCUCAAGGAGAAGCAUUCCCAGGGUGUCGAGUACAAUAAGAAGCUCGACUCUGAUGGGGCAGUCAGGGGCCAUGAACAAAUCAAGGAGCUCUACGACAUGCUAGUGGGUAAGAUGGCCGUCAAGCUCACGCAGAAAGAUAAGGAUGCCCCGAUCUUCCUGGCGAUGAAGGACUCGGCGCUGACCGCCGGCUUGUCCAGCGGCGGCGCCGGCCCGACGGGUUCGCUAGACCAGAAGACCCUGAAGAUCUUGCUCGCUGGGGAGCGGGCGCUCCUGGCGGCGAAGCAGGAACUGAACGGGUACCUGGCAGUGGAUAACGAGGAGUUGAUCGGACCGAAGCGCAUGAAGACCUCGCUGGAGGGGCUGAAGAAAGCCAUGGUCCCCAAGUUCGUGGACGUGUACGUCGUGGCAGGCCGUUUCACCAGCACCAUGGCCGGCGUGGACAUGACGGGCAUGGACCUCUACGAGGACAUGCGCAUCGUCCACGACAAGCUGGCCGUCUGUUUGGCCCUCGCGACAGCCUUGACCAGGAAGGUCGUGGACACUUCUGAGAUCAUGGACGCCCUGGAAAAGGCAACGGUAAUGGUUUCUUUACCGAUGAUCACGAUUGGCGUCGUGUGGGGACACAGUGUCUGGAGUGCAUUUAACGAAGGCCAGUACGAAGUCGCAGUCAGUCGCCUUUCGCCGAGCAACAGUGGGCUCCCCAAGGUACUCCUCGAAAAGAUCAGCCCCGACGAUGCGAUCAAGUUCCAGGAGACUUUCCUCGUGGACGCCGUGAUCAAGCUCCUCCGCGGCAGCGGCAUGGUUGACGCCUGUGCGAAGUUCGCCACGGAGGUCGUGAAGUUAUUGCCCAACAUGCCCGAGUCGAGCUGCCGGUGCGACCUCUCCAGGUGGGUCGCCCUCGCCUUGGCGAAGCAGGCGUCCGCGGACGAGUUGGAUAAGAUCGAGGAGAUCAAGGACGCGUACUCGAAGGAGGCCGGCGACUACCAGUCGAAGUUUGCCAGGUCGAUGAAGGUAUUCGAUACGGGCCUGCUGCUGAUGAAACAGGUGGACAACGAGCUUGCGGCGGUGAAGGCAGAGAGCGGCCUGCGCCUGACCUUGGACAAGCUCACCCAGGACGUCGGCAAGGUUGGCGCCCUCAGAGGCCUUUGCGAGGACAAGGUCACCAUCGACUCCGACCUAGUCGCGGUGCUUCAGAAUCUGCAGGAGAAUCUGUCGAAGCUCCAGGGCGUCAUGACCGAUCGGUUCAAGGCGGCCAACGAGGUGCAGUUGGCUGCUGUGAGCGACUUCCUCGAGAACGCCAGGGCUUCUUUUAUGUCGGCAUACGGCGUCAGGUCUAUCCAAACGGUGAUCGAUAAAAUCUUCAAGCCGGCGCUGCCUCUUCUCAAUGAGAUAUGCAACGACGCAUCGGGAACUCUGAAGAUCGACGAUCAGCGGCAAGCGGCGUGGCAGUUGGCAAGCACGCAUGCGACGAUGGAGGCCCUUCCAGACAUUGCCGACACUGUAUUCCCCAAGUUCGCGACCGCCGAGCAAACCAACGGCUUCACCACGACCUGCGCGGCCAUCUCCGUCGACACCCGCUGCGUGAUCGCCGGGGUCUCUGCGUUGCUGGGCAAUGCCCCCUUUGACUUGUGCGACCCCGUCUUGUUGAAGCUGGUUGAGCUGCUGGACGACGAGAACGACGAUAAGCACACCAUGCUGAAGAACCCCGACGACAACGCGAAGGAGUUCGAGGCGAAGGUCCGGGCUGUCAUCAGCAAGCGCCUCAACUGCUACAUCUUCAACGACGGCGUCAUGGCCAAAUUCAAGACGCAGGCUAAGCAGCUCUGGGAUUUGGGGCCGGUGUGCGUCGAGCGCUUCCUUGGCAUCUGGAUCCCAGGCGACGUGGCAGUCGCGGACAACGUCGUCGAGGUGCUCUCCACGUUCGUCUCCCAUUACAGGGGCUUCGUUUGCCCCUCGCCCUCGAUCCUCGACGACCCCGAGCAUCGCGGCGUCUCAAUCGACGCGAUGGCGUGGGCGCCGUUGCUUGCCCGGUUCAAGCAGCAGCCGACCAGCGGGCACCACCUCGUCAAGAAUUUGCCCGCCGUCGAGAGCGACCUGUCAGAAGAUGAUAGAAUGAACGGCCUGACGAGCAUGAUGAAGCAUCUCGAGGCGGCGGUGUAUCAGGGCGAGACGCUCAAGCAGAUCAUGGAGUUCGCUGAAUCAUGGUCGGGGAUAUCGUCAGAUUUACACGCGAGGAUGAUCGAUUUGGUCACUCAGUGCAAGAGGGCGCACGACGCUGACAAGGCUGGUUUGCGGCAGUCGGUGGUGGACUUCGUGGCCCGGGUGGCCCUCGGCGCUGAUCGCUCCGCGCAGCAGGUGGGUUUGGCAGCUCUCAUGUCGGAGACCGCCGGCGAGUUCUACCAGAAGAAGGACGACGUCGUCGCGAUGUGCUCGGCGCCGCUCAUGAGGGCCAUCUUCGCCGAGAUGAAGUGGUUCUACAGCGCCGCUGUCCGCGACGUGCGCGCCCUGUGCGAGGGCGCUCUCGGGUUCGACCCAGCGGCCAGCAACGACGCCGUUCAGCGGGCUGGACUCCUCGCCGGGAGCGGCACUGCGGUGCUGGCGAUGUGGCGUCCGCUUCGCCAGGGCGAGGUUCGCGAGGAGGUGAUCGUGCGCUGCGCGCGCUUGGUGGCUAGCAAGGUGGGUGUGUUGCGGAUCCACCCGCUCGUCAGGGCCUUCAUGGAUUCCCACGGCGACAUG